GCCUCUCUCAGGUAGAUGAGUGUCUGGCUGUGCGCUUCUAGCCCCGGAGGCCCGCCUCACGGAACGGACUACACUUCCCAGCAGACCCCGCGGUCGGCUGCGCGGGUGGGAGGGGGCGGCGGUGUGAGAGACGGAGGGGGCGGCGCGCGCCGGGUACGCGACCAUGGCGUUCGCCAGGCAGGAGCGACUACUUUAACCCCGGGAGGCGGCGGCGAGGGAGCUAUCCUCGAGCGGGCGGGCCCCAGCCUGAGGGAAAGGAGGAAAGGGCGGGGAGAGCGCCGGAGGGAGGCCGGUCGGCCGCGGGCGGGCGGGCAGCGCAGCGCCGAGCGGGGCCCGCGGGUCCAUGAGGAGGCCCCGGGACCAUGGGCUCCAGGAUCAAGCAGAACCCAGAGACUACAUUUGAAGUGUAUGUGGAAGUGGCCUAUCCUAGGACAGGUGGCACUCUUUCAGGAAGUUCUACAGACUUUGACCAAGUUUUGUUUCCCCUUCUAUGUGGACAGCCUCACAGUUAGCCAAGUUGGCCAGCACUUCACGUUCGUGCUCACUGACAUUGACAGCAAACAGAGAUUUGGGUUCUGCCGCUUAUCUUCAGGGGCCAAGAGCUGCUUCUGUAUCUUAAGCUACCUCCCCUGGUUCGAGGUGUUUUAUAAGCUUCUUAACAUCUUGGCAGAUUACACGACAAAACAACAGGAAAGUCAGUGGAAUGAACUUCUUGAAACACUGCACCGACUUCCCAUCCCUGACCCCGGAGUGUCUGUUCAUCUCAGCGUGCAUUCUUACUUCACUGUGCCUGAUACCAGAGAGCUUCCCAGCAUCCCUGAGAAUAGAAAUCUGACAGAAUAUUUUGUGGCUGUGGAUGUGAACAACAUGUUGCAUCUGUACGCCAGCAUGCUGUAUGAACGCCGGAUCCUCCUCAUCUGCAGCAAGCUCAGCACUUUGACUGCCUGCAUCCACGGCUCGGCUGCCAUGCUCUACCCCAUGUACUGGCAGCAUGUGUACAUUCCUGUGCUGCCCCCACACUUGCUGGACUACUGCUGUGCUCCAAUGCCCUACCUCAUAGGAGUCCAUUUCAGUCUAAUGGAGAAGGUCAGAAACAUGGCCCUAGAUGAUGUUGUGAUCUUGAACGUGGACACCAACACCCUGGAAACCCCUUUUGAUGACCUCCAGAGCCUCCCAAAUGAUGUGAUCUCCUCCCUGAAGAACAGGCUGAAGAAGGUCUCUACAACCACAGGCGAUGGCGUGGCCAGAGCCUUUCUCAAGGCCCAGGCCGCCUUCUUCGGCAGCUAUCGGAAUGCACUGAAAAUUGAGCCGGAAGAACCCAUCACCUUCAGUGAGGAAGCCUUCGUGUCCCACUACCGCUCUGGAGCCAUGAGGCAGUUCCUUCAGAAUGCCACACAGUUGCAGCUCUUCAAACAGUUUAUUGAUGGCCGACUAGACCUUCUCAAUUCCGGCGAAGGUUUCAGUGAUGUCUUUGAGGAGGAGAUCAACAUGGGCGAGUAUGCCGGCAGUGAUAAGCUGUAUCAUCAGUGGCUGUCCACAGUCCGGAAAGGAAGUGGAGCAAUUCUGAAUACUGUAAAAACAAAAGCUAACCCAGCCAUGAAGACUGUCUACAAGUUUGCAAAAGAUCAUGCAAAAAUGGGAAUAAAAGAGGUGAAAAACCGCUUGAAGCAAAAGGACAUCGCUGAGAAUGGCUGUGCCUCCUCUGCAGAAGAGCCACUGCCAAAGACCGUGCCAUCCCCACUGGCAGAGGCCAAGGACCCCAGACUUCGAGAAGACCGGAGACCAAUCACAGUCCACUUUGGGCAGCUACAAAGACUCCAUCCCACUCGGCUGCCGCCUUCCAAGAUCCAACGUUCAAGGCCCGUACGACCGCCUCGUCCGCAUGUUGUCAAGAGACCGAAGAGCAACAUCACUGUGGAAGGCCGGAGGACAUCUGUCUCAAGCCCUGAGCACCUGGUAAAGCCCUUCCGACACUAUGCUGUCUUUCUCUCUGAAGACUCCUCUGAUGAGGAAUGCCGACGGGAAGAGGCCCCGAGCACCGGCUUCACUGAAAGCUUUUUCUUCUCUGCUCCCUUUGAAUGGCCACAGCCAUACCGGACGUUGAGAGAGUCAGACAGCGCAGACGGCGACGAGAAGGAGAGUCCAGAGCAGUUAGUGCGGGGGCCCCGGGGACCUAGCCCUGCCCCACCUGACCGAGCUGCCAGCAGUGACCUUCUAGAAGAUGUCUUCAGCAGCCUAGACAUGGAGGCACCACUGCAGCCACUGGGCCAAGCCAAGAGCUUGGAGGACCUCCGGGCCCCCAAAGACUUUCGGGAACAGCCAGGGAGCUUCGACUACCAGAGGCUGGACCUGUGCAGAAGCGAGAGGGGCCUUAGCAUGGCUGCAGCUUUGAAGCUUGCUCAUCCAUAUACUAAGCUCUGGAGUCUGGGUCAGGACGACAUGGCCAUCCCCAGCAAGCCUUCCACCACCUCCCCUGAGAAGCCCUCAGCUCUGUUUGGUACUUCCCCAGCCCUGCCUCACAAACCGCAGAACCAGGAUGGCAUCCUGAGCCCCAGCAUCAAGGAGGAAGCUCCCACCCAAACUCCAGGCAGCAUCACCAUUCCCCGGCCGCAAGGCAGGAAGACCCCUGAGCUGGGCAUCGUACCUCCACCACCCACUGCCCGCACAGCCAAGCUGCAGGCUGCUGGUGGCCCACUUGGUGACUUCUCUUCCGAGCGGCUUCAGAUGGACCGGCAAAGACAAGCUGCCCUGAGCCCAGCCCUACUGCCAGGGCUGCUCCCCAGUGCUGUCCCUCAAGGCCCCACAGAACUUCUGCAGCCACUCAGCCCAGCCCCGGGAGCUGCAAGCACAGGCAGUGAUGCCCUGCUUGCCCUCCUGGACCCACUUAACACAGCCUGGUCAGGUAGCACCAUCCCACCACAUCCUGCCACUCCCAGUGUGGCUGCCCCAUUCACCGCCCAGCUCAGCCUCCCCCACACAGUGACACCCACCCCUUUUGCACAACCGCCACUCAAUCCCUUUGUCCCAUCUGUGCCAGUAGCACUGCCUACCACGCCCCUGGGCUCCACACCAGCCAGGCCUUUUGGGACUCCUCCAGCAUCCCUGAGGCCGGCAUAUGCACCUAGCAUCCUAUUGUCUGGUUCUGGCUUCUAUGCCCCUCACAGGUCUCAGCCCAACCUGUCUGCCCUCUCCAUGCCCAACCUCUUUGGCCAGAUCCCCAUGGGUGCCCACACUAGUCCCCUGCAGCCACUUGGCCCCCCAGCUGUUGCCCCCUCCAGGAUCCGAACAUUGCCUCUGGCCCGCUCAAGUGCUAGGGCUGCUGAGGCCAAGCAGGGGCCGGCCCUGAGGCCUGGUGAACCCCCACUGCUGCCUCCUAGAGCUCCCCAGGGUCUAGAGCCAGCCCUGCAGCCCUCUGCUCCUGCACAGGCCAGAGACCCCUUUGAGGAUUUGCUACGAAAAACCAAGCAAGAUGUGAGCCCGAGCUCAGCCCCAGCCCCCACCUCUGUGGAGCAGCUCCGCAGGCAGUGGGAGACCUUCGAGUGAGCAGGCCUGUGCCACCAUCCAGUACUGUGCCUCCCUAUGUCCCAUUUCUGACCAGGUUCCACUGGGGCAAAGGGACUCUCUGCCCCCUCUCCUCCACAGCCCAUCUCUGAGGUCUGGUCCUGGGAAUGGUACCAUCCCAAGAGAGCCGCCUGUCACUCUCCUUGGCACCCUGUAUCAAGUUUGCACUAGAGGUCAACUGGGCCACCCGUGUCCUACCGCGUCCCUCCAGUAGCCCAAGAGGAGCCAGGAAGCUCAAGGCCUCUCUCAAGCCCAGCUCUCCUCCUCCGCCAGGCCGUGCCCCACAGGGCCCAUGUUAGUAACACCCAUGUGAGCACAGCAUUGGGGAACACAGGUAUUUGGGGGGCUGAAGUGACCACUCCUGGGCUGGCAUUUCUCCUUGAUGGGUGUCUCCAAACUUCUCUAGCAAUAUACUCUUUCCUAACCACCAAACCAGAGUUGUUCCUGGGGGUGAGGGGUCUGGGGACCCAAGCUCCAAACCCAGCUCCAGCCAGCCCUUACAGGGCUUGGGAACACCAGCAACUCCGAUUUAUAGGAGAAACCCACAAAUCUGAGUGUUGGCCUUCAGCUCACUGCCACCCCCAUCCUCUGGGCUCUCAAGCCAGUCAAAGCUCAGGCUCAGCCUCCUGCCACUUGGAGCUUUAUGGGCAGAGCUGGGCACCAGUGACCCAGAUUCCAACUCAAAGGACAAGCUUCCUGCCACAAAGGGGGAGGCACAGCUGUUUGGGCUCCUAGGUCAGGAUGAGGUGGGGCCUUAGGGCCCCCCAGAUUCCCCAUGGAGUGAAUAAAUAUGGCCUCUAAUCCUGGGGAAAGUGGGGGCCUGGAAGCCAGCCUUCCCUGCCAUCUCCAGCUUCUCGUUAGUGCAGAAAUUCCUGAGGCCAAGUCACCAAAGUUAUAAUGAAAUGUUUUGUUAUUGUUUCUUUGAUCUUGCUUUUCCUUCUUACCUUAUUGAUUUGAUGAAUCUUAAAAAUUGAUUCCUUUCAAUAAACCUUUAAGAAAACAUC